AACAACAAGGUUCCCCUUCAGCUGGCCAUAAACACGGCUCAAUUCGGUCGAACAUUCCAGGAUCGCUCUCAUGUCUUUAAGAUCAUACCAAGAAAGCCGGAGUUCCAGGAUAAGCGAAUCCUGAAUCUGAAUGUGCGAGGGAAGAGAGGGAAUAUUGUCCAGGUUUACCCCGCCGUAGAAUACGACUUCACUCCAAAGAGGAUGUCGAUUACGACAAAUGAUUACCUCCAUGUCCAAUGGACAGGUUCCAACAGAAAUCCAAAAAACAAUGCUGGUGAAGGGCGCAAACAAACCGACCGUAGCAACAUUGUCGCAAUGCAAUCGCCUGACAAAAGCUUCCCGUAUUAUGGCGCCGAUUCAUUCGAAAAUGCCCAAGUUGUUUAUGCUCUGGACGGUACUCAAGGUAUGUCGUCAGCUGACGCUGCUGUUGCCUUGGCUACGGCGGGCCACUUCAAAAACGCGGCCAAUGUUCCCGCCAAUCUGAAUCAAUUGGGUGAAUGUAAUAGACAGCAACUAGCUCAACUGGACUGCUAUCCACCGUCCUACUCUGGGUUACUCCUGCGUUUCACGAAAGCCGGAACAUACUAUUACAUGAGUUCCCGUAACAACAACUUCACCAAUCGAAGUCAAAAGGGCAGGCUUACAGUCACCGAUUAGAAAAAAAUGACGUUACAUAAUUAUAUAAAAUGCUACGUCAAUUUGUGCAUGUUAGUUACGUUCAAACAGGGUUAAUAAGAUAUAUUUUGCCCUGCAGAUAGUUUGUUCAUGUGUUAGUUACGGUAUAUUAUAUGCCUAUAGCUGUAUAACCCUUCUAGAUCCUUGCGAUCUGUUUUAGCAGUCACUGACCACGUAAAAUAUUUUUCUUUGUGUAAUCUUCUUAACUUUGCCGUUUGUAAUUCUUUUAAUAUUCAAGGAUUUCUUAAUAAAAUUAUACCCAACA